AUGUGCUCGAUGAGGCUCACUAUUUUUAGAAGAGCACCUCCUGCUCCUUUGACGAAUUCCACCUUAGUUUCUUCUUCCAUAAUUUCAGCCUCCACCUUAAUUGCAUCUUCAGCCGUUUCUGGCCCAUUGUCAUCUUCAUCACCAUCCAUGGCAUCUUUUUCUACCCUGGCUGACGUCGACCUGCACACAUCAUCCACCUUUCGACAGACUUCCUUUUCCCCCUCGACGUCCACACCUCUGUCCUCCAUGUCUUUAGGAUCUCCAUCGACCACGUUUACCACACUGUCGCCACUGGCAGAAAUCCUGUCUCUGGACACCACAGUGUCGCUGUCACAAUCCGAGCAAUCUGGAGUGUCGUCGGAGUUGUCAUCUACGCUGUCAACGGCAACAUCAUCUGAUGCUCAGUCUUCGACCACUUCCUCUUCGACAUCAUUCUCACUGCAGUCCAUAGGAUCACUGACAUUGGAUAGUCUGUCUCUGGCUGCUCUGCCACUGUCAUCUGAGGCUCUGUCGUCAGAGACACUGUCCCUGUUAUCAUCCAGUUCAGUUGCAUCAAGCAGUCAACCCAGCAGCAGCUCCAGUGAAUCCUCCAGCUCGUCACCAUCAUCAUCUGCAUCAUCUUCAUCAUCAUCAUCUUCAUCAUCAUCAUUUUCAUCGUCUGCACAAAGCUCUUCAUUCAGCUCUUCGUCGAGCAGUUCAUCUCUGUCAUCUAGUGAUUCUUCCAGCAGUUCUAUUGCAUCCAGCAGUUCUGCUUUCCCUUCUAGCUCUUCAUUCAGCAGUUCUACUGUGUCUUCCCGAGACAUCUACUGCUUCUACUGCGUCUCCAUCAUCGAGUUCAUCUAUUGCUCCAUCGACGCUGUCCUCGGCAGCGCUGUCCACGUUUUCAUCACUGGCCCAGACUAG